AUGCCAGCAACCACCGGCGUACCGCAGGGCUCGCGCGAGUCUCGCAUCGCUUCCCACUCGCACAUCAAGGGACUCGGACUCGACGACGACGGCUUUGCGCAUGCCGACCGCGCUGGAUUCGUCGGCCAGCGGGCAGCGCGAGAGGCAUGCGGCCUUGUCGUCCAGCUGAUCAAGUCCCGCCGCUUCUCCGGCCGCGCACUCCUCCUCGCCGGCGCACCAGGGACAGGCAAGACGGCUCUCGCGCUCGCAGUCGCGCAGGAACUCGGCCAGAAGGUCCCCUUCUGCCCGAUGGUCGGCAGUGAGGUCUUCAGCUCGGAGGUCAAGAAGACUGAAGUGUUGAUGGAGAACUUUCGGAGGGCGAUUGGUCUGCGUGUGAAAGAGACCAAGGAGGUCUACGAAGGCGAAGUGACCGAGCUCACUCCCGCUGAAACCGAAAACCCCUUGAGCGGGUACGGCAAGACGAUCUCGCACGUCGUCAUCGCGCUCAAGACGGCCAAGGGCACCAAGCAGCUGCGACUCGAUCCGAGUAUCUACGAGAGCAUACAGAAGGAACGCGUGCAGGUCGGGGAUGUCAUCUAUAUCGAGGCCAACACCGGUGCGGUCAAGCGCGUCGGACGAUCAGACGCCUACGCGACCGAGUACGACCUCGAGGCGGAAGAGUACGUCCCCCUGCCAAAGGGCGACGUGCACAAGAAGAAGGAGAUCGUCCAAGACGUGACCCUCCACGACCUCGACAUGGCCAACGCGCGACCUCAAGGCGGUCAGGACAUCAUGAGCGUCAUGGGACAGCUCGUCAAGGGUCGCAGGACGGAAGUGACGGACAAGCUGAGGGCCGAGAUCAACAAGGUUGUCAACUCGUAUAUCGACCAGGGGAUUGCAGAGUUGAUCCCGGGCGUACUCUUCAUCGACGAGGUCCACAUGCUCGACAUCGAAGCCUUCACCUACCUCAACCGCGCCCUCGAAUCCACCAUCUCUCCUCACGUCAUCCUCGCGACAAACCGAGGCCUCACCACCAUCCGCGGCACCGAAUCCGAACCUGGCUCGCUGGGCGGCGAAGGGAUCGUCUCCCCCCACGGCGUUCCCAUCGACUUGCUUGACCGCUGUAUGAUUGUGCGCACGAUGCCUUACUCGAGGGACGAGAUCAAGACGGUCUUAGUCACGAGGGCCAAGGUCGAGGGGUUGGCGGUCCAGCCCGAGGCGUUGGACAAGCUUGCGGACAACGGCGUCAAGACUUCACUCCGCUACGCCCUCCAGCUCCUCACCCCCGCCUCGAUCCUCUCGAAACUCUCCGGCCGAACCGAAAUCACCCUCGAAGACGUCGGCGAGACCGACUCGCUCUUCCUCGACGCCAGGUCGAGCGCGAAGAUGUUGCAUGCGCGCGGCGAGGGGCAGUACUUGCGGUAG